AUGGCUUAUUGGCAGGUUCAGCUGCAGCUCAACCUGGUCCUGACUAGUAUCAAAGACUCCAUGUUGGUGAAGCUGCGCGAGAACGAGGGUACGUUUUCGCCCACCCCGGCACUCACCCGUCUGCCAGAAUGGCGUAGGAGCUUGAAGAAUGACGGUGAAUCUGUUUCAAGGCUGUUGACGCUUCUCGGAGAGAAGGUUACAAUGCAGUACAUAUCACAGGCCAUGGGACCUCUAGAUUGUAUUGCCUUGGCACUGGCCCCGUUGGGUAUCAUCACCAUCAUGGUCAGCGCCAUCAGAGUUGGCGGUCCGACUGUACUCAAGGCCAUUGUGGGUCGCGCAAAGGAGAACGUCGCUGCCGCAGAACUGGAGCUCAUGUCAUCCACCUCCCAAGAGGUGUGUGAGCUCUUUAACGGCGAAAACAUCGUACGGUGCCUCGGGUCAGGCUCCGUCUGGCAAUAUAUUUGUCUCUUUCGGAAGGGUACCGGCAACGGUCAGGUCAAGUUCAUGUCGCUACAGGAUGCCACUGACGAUGGGCUUCUUAUUGAGACACAUGGCAAGACCGACAAAAAGGCUGAAGAAGAUGCCCGAAGCCCUCAAGAUCGCAACCGUGAAGGCGAGUCCACAGGCUCUGCCACUGGAAUCGCCCCGACGAAGAAAAUAACCCUGCAGAGAAUCCAGAGAAGGCUAUGGAAGUCUGGUCCGAGGGAACCAGAUACUGAGGUCUGCCUGGAGCUGGGGCCGAGCCAUACGGCCCAGGAGCCCGCCCAGGAGCCCGCCCAGAAACCUGCUACGGUCAUCGUCGUCUACGAUGAUGUACCUGAGGCCCCCAACAUCUCCAUCAACCUGCAGGAUGUUGGCAGCCAGCAGGCAAUCUGGGUCGCCGUGAUCCUUGGGUUCUUGUUGCAGACAGCUGUUUUGGGAUUUUUUUUCCUGAUACAAUUCAAUCCGAAGGUACAAACAUUCUUGAAGAUCAAGGAGUCUCUGCCACCAUAUGGUUUCUCUAUGGCACUUGGCGGCACCGUGUUCAUGGCGACUGGCAUGUUUCUCUGUGUUGACGUCGUGGAGAAAAGCACCUCGGAGAAAGUCUACCAAGCAAAUGAUCAGUUCGACAUGCGCCUCUACUGGCUUCAACAGAACCAAACUGUCAACGAUCAGGUGUUUCAGUCCUUUGCCACCUUCCCGGAUAGGUGUUGCACCCGCUUCUUGAAGUCCCGUCGCGCAGGGAAAUCCCAAGACAGGCAGACAGCCAAGAAGCUACAAACAAACACAAGUUUUGGCGUCGCGCUCGGCCUUCUAGGCUUUGUUGUACAAUUCCUCGGGUUCAGGGGUUUUCACCCAGCCGCACCGCUAGCACAGCUUCUCGCAAUCAUCAUCAUGGCUGUUUGCCGAGCCGCGGCCCGCCCUGGGUUCACAAAGAAUUUUGGAACAGGCAAGCUCCUACACGGCUUCGAGCAAGACUGGUUGACUCACGAACUGGCCCAGCACCUGGCUCAGCAGCUGCCUCAGUCUUUGGACGACGGCAACAAAAAACGGCAUGGUGUAACCCCCUGGAGAAUCGUUACUGGCAGUGACGUCGAUUAUAGGGCCUUUGAGACACUGGUCGCGUGCAAGGAAAGUCAAACGCCAAGUGAGGCGCCCGAUUCAGAAGCACAACGCCUCUUGGUAAUGCGAAAAGGCUUCUACGGAAAAGCCAAAACUCAUACCCUAUCAUCCAAAAGUGCGACUCAGCUCGCGAUUGCUAUGGAAAAGGCCCUGGGUAUAUUGUUCCCCGAUGGACCUGGGUGUCAAGGGGGCCUGGGCUUCCGGUGGGUUAUCGACGUCGCUGUGAAGGGAGCCACGCAAGCGGUAUCGAUUGAUCUGUCUUACAAGGAAGAUACUCUGCGUUGGAAGGUUGAGGCAGAUGAUUUACACGCAGUUCUGUCACUCUGGGUGCACGCGGCUUGGGCACAGAGAAACGAACCACGACCUGAAGAUGGGCAUGUUGAGGCCGAUGACGACACCUGGAUCUGCAGAGAUGUAUGCGAACCCAGCCUGAAAGCCCUGGGAGCUCGGAAUUUCACGCUCAGGCAUCAGGUGAUGAAGGAUUUGGAAACGUGGGCCACCCAAAGCCGCUAUAUAUUGACGGGGAUUAUGGAAAUAUGGAAAGCGGAGGAGGAGCAGAAGAAAGAGAAGAGGAAGAAGAAGAAAGACGAGAAGAAGAAGAAGAAAGAGAAGGGGAAGAAGAAGAAGGAGGAGGAGGAGAAGAAAGAGGAGGAGGAGGAGAAGAAGCAGCAGAAAGAGGAGGGGAAGAAGAAGAAAGAGGGCAACCGCGGGCUGGAAACCAACUGUGCCAGAGCGGUUAGUCGGCGUGUCGAGAGUCACGACUCCAUUGUCGGCCUCUACGCAUCCGAUCUUCUCUUUUCUUUUAUGUGGUCUAUGGCAAAAACCCUUCGAGUCCGCCUCGGGUGUGAGGACAAGAGGAUACAAACCAUUGGACCUCUGGAGAGGAAACCCUGGGGGAACACAGCUAUGACUGAUUUGAUCAGUGCAUUUCGUGAAGCCAGCCAUUGGUCAGAACACGAGACCUGCCUAGGUGUCAUAUCCCCGUUGAGCAUCUUGGGUAAACUGCCUAUCCAGCCCUGGUUCCAUACCAUGUCGGAGGCGAUCAUGGACGCGCGCAGAUCAAAGGACCAAGCUUUGAUUCAUGCUGCGACGAACCAAGCGGUCCAAAGGGCGAAGUCUCUGACUUUGACCUACAAGGCUGGCACCAGUGGCCUAUUCGAACGUGGUGUGGUUUGGCUGCGAGAGCAACUGCGCCCUCCCAUGUGCGUCCCUUCUGCAUUCGAAUUGGAAAAGAUAUUGAAUCCGAGGAGUUGUCCAUUCGCCAGAAACAAGCUAUUCGCCAGAAAUAAGUCGCGCUUGUCUGAUCAGCUUCGUUGGAAGCGUGCGUUCUUUGAGGAAUUGGAAAACUUGUGGGAGAUCCAACGCAACCCGAAGACAUUCACAAACCGCGUGCGGCUGCCUGCUCUUUUCGACUUUACAACCCUCCAUGGGUUGGCUGCGAGAGGAAAGCAGAUUGGCAGUGCCGCACCCGCUGAGUUGAAGGCCUUGGUCAACGUCCAGGACAUUACAGGGUGGACGCCCAUUUUUUAUGCUUGUGCUGCCAAGAACUCGGAGAUGGUCCGUCAACUUCUCGACCUGGGAGCUGACGCGACCUUGGCGGAUAUCCAUGGGUAUACAGUAGCACACCAUGCGUGCCUGUCAGGAUGCAAGGAAACGCUGACAAUCCUAGCGAGCCAGCGUGUCGACCUGGAGGCCCAAGCCAUCUAUGGGGCAAAGCCGAUACACCUGGCAGCUGGGAAAGGGCGCGGUGAUGUCAUUGCCCACCUUGACAGGCUCAAGCAGAUGUCCCCAGGUAUCGGGCGAAGGGAGGCAGUUCACCUGGACUUUGACAACCGCACUCCAAUGCACUGGGCUGCAGCCGGGGGGCACGUUCAGGCUUUGAAAGCCCUCAAGGGUGAUGUGAACUUUCAAGAUGACAGCGGCUGGUCAUCCCUUCAUAUAGCGAUCCUGGCUCGUCAGAAACACCUGGCCAGCACGCUACACCAACUAUCCGCAGAUGUGGAAAGUAGAGACUUGAAGGGUCGCACGCCUCUCAUCCUGGCAUGCGCAGAGGAAAGGUGGGAGUUUGUUGGAGUACUCGUCGACAUCUUUGCGAAGGUGGAUGCGGCUGAUUCAAAUGAUAUGACUUCUCUGCACUACCUCGUAACCAAGGGCGACGAUGCAGGCAGCGCAACCAUGAUUCCAAUUCUCACCAAGGGCUUGGAUCGCCAAGCCAUCAAGAAGCUAACCGAGUUGCGGAACCGGGACGGUCACACGCCUCUGCACCUCGCUGCUAUGGAAGGAAGAUUAAAUACCAUCAACAAGCUCCUCAAGCUGGGUGCUGAUGCCGGCCUCGCCAAUAGCCGAGGGGAGUCGCCCCUGUUUCUCGCCCUCGCCCAUGCAAAAGAAGACGAGGCCGCUUUCCAGAUUACCAUGGCUUUGGUUAGAGGUGAAGAUUCUCUUAGGGUCAAAUCGGUCGACGGCCGGAGUCUCCUUGAUGUGGCAAGGAGUAGGCAACUUUCUGACGUGGUGAACUUUCUCGAGGCUGAGAUGGAGGAAUUGGAGCGUUGGAAAUAUUGGCAUGCGCGCCCGAUGGCGGAGUGGCCUACCGCCUAG